AUGUGCGAGCGGAACUUCUCCGGCGUCAUGCGGUACUCCGUUAAGAAGCGCGCGAGUACAGCAAUGCAGCGCUGCCGCAUCAGCCGCUUUGCGCUCGUGUGCAUAAGCAGCUCCGUCACGACGCCGAUCAAGUCAUACACCUCCACCACGUGCACGUGCUUGCCAAGCACCGCGUGGAAGAGCGCCAGCGCCAUCGGGGCGAACUCAUUGCGGUCGACCAGUUCGGCGUGGCAGAGCCGCGUCAGCUGCGCGGCCUGCGCGUCCGUCAGGACAAAGCGCUGGUGUGACACCACUGCCGCGGCGACACGCAUCGCGCGCUGCUUAAUCGCCCCACCACGCUCAAAGAAGGCUGUGACAGUACUAAACAGCGUGGUAUGCAGCGCCGCAACGGACGCAAGUGGCGGUCGUAGCGACACGAGCGCCAGCAUGCAGUCAAGCGCGUGUCCCACCACCGCGUCACUGCCUUCACCCUGCAGCGUCGUCAGUACGACUGGCAGCAGCGUCUCUAGCAGCUCCUGGUGCUGCCGCGUGAAGGAUGCCGUAAGGUCCACCAUCGGAUGCCGCUUCUUGUUGCUCUCAUGCGAUUGCCCGCGUGUGCCCGACCCCUUGGCCUUCUGCUUUGACACAUCAUCGUCAUCGUGCUGUUGCACUUUGGCGGCGAAGCGGUCGAGGGCGUCGCCCUCCUCAUCGUCCAAGACCUGCGGCACCAGCGAAUCAUCAUUCUCUUCCUCCUCCUCCUCUGCAUCACUACCGUCACCUUCGCUCUUGUCGUUAUCACCUCUCUCCGCUGUCUCCGCCUCGCCAUUCUUCUUCUCGUUGGCUGCGUGCUCGUCAUCGUCUGCGGCGUCGGUGUUUACCGUCUCGCUGCCAGGCUCACUAUUAGUCUCGUUAUUCUUAUUAUGCUUCCCCGUUUUCUGCUUCUGCGUGCGCAGCAGAUCGAGCCGCAGAGCCGCCGUUGAGUACUUGCGCUCCUUCCCUAUGCCGAGCACCUGCUUGAGCACGCUGAGCAGGUACUUCAGCAGGAACUCGUCAAGCGUGUCGAGCACCACCGCCGUUGUGGGGUCCUCGCGGUAA